AUGGCUACGGCUGUCGAUCAAUUAGUGAUUGAUACUCAAUCACGUUUUCUUGAAAUGAAAUCUCUUCAACCAUAUUCAACAACCGAUGAAUAUUUAUAUGCUAUGAAAGAAGAUCUUGCCGAUUGGCUUUCAAAUAUGUAUCCAGAAUGGCGUCCAAUUACAGCCGAUAAUUUUCUUGAAUGUUUAGAAAACGGUGUUCUUCUUUGUCAACAUGCUAAUAAUGUAAAUGCUGCUGCACGAAAAAUAUUACCAUCAUCAUCAACAUUAACAAAUUGUAAAUAUCGUUCGGGUGUUCGUCCACAAACAUUUAAUGCACGUGAUAAUGUAUCACAAUUUAUUAAAUGGUCACGACAUAUAGCUUGUGUUCGUGAAGUUCUUAUGUUUGAAUCCGAUGAUUUAAUAUUACGAAAAAAUGAAAAAAAUUUUCUUCUUUGUCUACUUGAAAUUGCUCGUUUUGGUGCUAAAUUUGGUGUUAGUGUACCGGCUAUAAUUAAACUUGAAGAUGAAAUUGAACGCGAAAUUGAACGUGAUAAACAAAAAGAAACCUUAUCAUAUAAAGAAUUCAAAUGUUUACAAAGAGAAAAUGAAGAAAAUGAAACAAAUACAUUCGAUUUAAUAAAUUAUCAAACUAUUGAUGAUGAUAAUAAUAAUGAAAAUAAUAAAAAUAAUAAUAAUAAUCAAAUAAAUGAAAAUAAUAUAAAUACUAAUAAUCAAACAAAUGAAAAUUCAAAUAAUAUAUUUUCAUUAAUAACAAAUGUAAAUGAUACAAAUUGUUUAGAACAAAAUUUAUCACAUAUACCAAAGUUUUCAAAUAAUAAUAAUAAUAAUCAUAAUAGUAAACGAAGACAAAAUAGUGAAGAAAGUUAUGAUAGUACAACAUCAAGUGAAAUAACUACAACAAUUAUAACAUCAAAUGAAGAAUCACAAUUUAGUCGAACGGUAGUUGAACGAGAACAACCAAUUCUACCACCAGUUUCAUCAUCGCAUUUACAUAAAACAGUAGUAAAAAUUGCAAAUACAUGUUGUUGUUCACAACGUUUUCCUGUCAUACGUAUUGGCGAAGGUAAAUAUCGUAUUGGUGAAAGUGGAACAAUUAUAUUUAUUCGUAUCUUGAGAAAUCAUGUUAUGGUUCGUGUUGGUGGUGGUUGGGAUACACUUGAAAAUUAUCUUAACAAGCAUGAUCCAUGUCGACGAUCAGGUCAUCGUCAAUCUGAACAUCAUCAUCAUCAUCAUUCUGACAUACCAAUUCUUGCUAUACCAAAUACAAAUAUAUCACCUAGUGUUCAAAAAAAUACUCCUUUUGGAAAAUCUGUAACAAUAAAAACUGAAGAAUUUCCAUUACCAAAACCAGCUUAUCAUGAUACAAAUCUAGUCGAUGCUCAACUUGUUAUAACACGUGGUGCCGAUGGACGUCAUCAUAUUGGACAAAUAACUUAUAAAGCUGAAGAAGAUUCUCUUAAUCAACCAUCUGUAUGUCCUCAUCAUCAUAAUCUAUCACCAUCAACAACAAAAAUAAAAAAUACACGCGUUACAGGACGUCUUACUCCUUCAUCUAUUUAUAAUAAACAAUCAUCUCCAAGUACAGAUCAAGAUUAUUCAUCAUUAACAGAAGCAACACCUAGUAAACCAUCAUCAAUAUCAUCAUUAGAUUUUAAAGAUGAACCUAUUGAACAAACAAUUAAAUCAUUACAUAUAACUACAAUUGAAAAUCAACCUAUUCGAUCAUCAUCACCAAUUAAUCAAUUUCAAAUAGAAUCACAUAAUGAUAUUAAUAAUCAUCCUUCUAUUAAUAAUAGAAAUAUUGUUAUUAAAUCAAUUAAACCAUCGAAUCAAAAUUUUGAUAAUUUUAAUAAAAAGAAAUUAAGCAUUACUGAAUCUAUUAUUGAUACAAUUGAUGGUUAUAUUCCUCCAACAUCAAUUGAAACUGUAAAUGAUUUUAAUAUUACUGAUAUUGAAGAAGUUAUGGAAAUUAAUAAAAAAAAACAAAGUACAAAUGAUGAUACAAACAAUAUGGAUAAUGAUAGUUUAGAGAGUAGUGAAGGUAUAUUAGAAAAUAAAACGAAACCACAACCAUCAUCUCUUUCACAUCCAACUAAAAAAUCAAGUGGAUAUUGUUCAACAUAUUAUUUAGCACAAAAACAAAAAUUUCAACAACAACAAGCUGCCAAUCGUAGACGAUCUUCUGGUAAUCUAAAUCAAUAUUCAUCACGUUCAAAUACAUUACCAAAUGUUGUUGAAGCAGUUAAAAAAGAAGAACAAUUAAGUAAACAACGUCGUAAACCAAUGCUUAUUACAAAACGAUCACAAUCAUCUGACUUAAUUGACAAAAUAAAUGAUAUAUCAAAACUUGAUCGAGAUUCCGGAUUUGAUGAACAAGAUUUUCGUCGUGAACGUUUACAAUCAAAUGGUGAUGAUAAUUCAAGUAUAUCAUCAAUAAGAAGUCCAAGAAGUUCAACAGCAAGUUCAAUUAAUUUACAAUAUAAAGAAAAUAAAUCAUAUGAAUUACGUAUGAAAAAAUUAGAUAUGAAACGUAAUAUAAAUGAAAAAGAAUCAUCUAUAAAAAUUGGACGAAAUAUUAAUUUAUCAACAAAACGAACAAAUGAUUUGACACUUCCAAUACCACCAACAUAUAAAUAUCGAAAAAAUAGUCAAGUUAUUAAUAAUCUCAAAAAACAACAAGAACAACCAUCACAAGAUACGAGCAUAAUUCUUUAA